AUGCCAAGCGGACCCCGUUGGAUGUGGCCAAAAGAGUAUGGUGAAGAGAAGUUUGUCGUCCUCUUAGGCGGUGUUCAUAUUGAGAUGGCAACACCGAAGACUCUUGGUGACUGGCUGCAAAGAAGCGGAUGGGUACAAGCUGUAAAUUUUUCUUCUUUUCACCCAGACCAGAUUUCUUGUUUCUAUUCAACUAUUCCUUCCUCCAAUUCCCUUUCUUUGACAGAUGUAUCCUUGUUUUCUUUUACUCAGGUUUCUCUAUUUCACGACUCCACUUUGUUUAUAUCUAUCAAUAUGUUGAUCGAUCGAUUGAUCUUCUAUGUUAAUAAUUAUAUGGAUGAGAAGUUUCUCUAUAUAUUCAUACAUAAUUACCAAUCUGUCAAUCCCAUAUUUUAUAUCUAUAUAUCUAUUACGGCCUGUUUAUUAUCUAUCUAUCUAUCUAUCUAUCUAUCUAUCUAUCUAUCUAUCUAUCUAUCUAUCUAA